UACAGCAAACGUUGCCGAGCAACCACAGUACAUAAACAGCCCUUCUUACACAGAGAGGUGUGAACCGAACUUACUCGCAACAGCAGCAAAAUGUCGUUUAAAGGCAUUGUGAGCUGCAAUAGCAGAAUAUCAAAGGAGGAGAAAGAGUUUUAUGAGUUAAAGAACAAAGCAGCGGAGUUUUACAGAGCAAACGGCGUGCCCCAGAAGCUAGAAACUCUUUUAAAUGAGAUGUUUUUUGCCAAGCCGAAUGAUGUUUAUGGAUAUCUGGCAAACUACUUCUCUGGCUUCUCACACACACCUGUGAUUAGUGCAGUGGUGGGCAGAGAGGUGUAUGAUGGCAGGGGGGAAGCAGCAUUGCAGGUGGAUGUUUACUGCGUCGUCAGGAAUGAAGAGAAGUUAGUCAGUAAUGCAGUGGUUACUGGUAUGGAUGGUGAUGUCAUGGAGAGAUGGAAUGAAGUUGCCAAUGGUAACCAUUGUCAAGCAUCCGUAGGGGUGGCGCUGGAGUGGAUCAGAGAUCAGCUGAGCUCCAUGUUGAAUGGCUUUAACCCCGCCCACCAAACACACCUGGACAAAUUGCUCAGUGAUUUCUACAUGGCCCGUUACCUUGAGGACCAAGAUGGUCGUGACAGAGAAAAGAAAGGUGAGGAAGAGGAGAAGACUGAAGCAACAUCUGACACCACAACACUUCAUGCACCUGCUACAAGCAAAGACAAGCAGAAAGGAGAGAAAGGUAAGAAAGGCAGCGCCUCAGAGAAGCCGCUGCCUCCUCCUGAGGAGCCGGAGCCCAUGUUGCCAGGGGCGAUGGUAGUAGGUGCUCUGUCGAUGGCAGCAGCCAAAUCUGCAGCAAGCCUCACAGCCAUGCCCCUCUACAAACACAUCCUCACUCUCAGAGACCCGCAGGCUCUAAGAGUGUUCAUGCCCAUGCCGCUGGUGUCAGUGUUAAGUUGUGGAAAAGCAUCAGCUGGAAAGCUCAACCUGCUAGAGGAGGUCAUGCUGCUGCCCACUGUACCACAUAGAACCAGAGAGAUCAUCGAGAUGUGCCGUGAUGUUCAGAGAGAGAUAAGGAGGAUAGCCACUACUACAGCAGGGAAGUCAGGGCCUGUGGUAGUGGAGGUUUCAGAUGGUGGCGUGAUUCAGCUUGGGCUUGAACGCUCCGAACAAGCUCUCGAUCUGUUGAUGGAGGCGUGCUCAAACCUGGGCCUGCCGAUCGGCACAGAGCUCCGGCUGGUGAUAAACUGCGCUGCUCAUACGCUCAUUGACUAUUCCAGAGGAAAGUAUGAGGUGAUGGCAGGGACUCUGAAGUCUCCGGAUGAGCUGGUGGACAUGUUUGCGGGUUUGAUCAGUAAAUAUCCAGUUAUUGUGGCCCUUAUCGACCCCUUCAGGAAAGAGGAUGAGGAACAGUGGCAGAAGCUGAGCUCACUUAUUGGCCAGUCUUGCCUAAUUGCAGAUGCAGCAUACAGGCCCUGCCCUCGCUGGAAGGAGGCCAAGCCCCUCCCCCCAGGGGUCACAUGGAUCACUCUUAGGCACAGAAGCGAGAUGACCCUCACUGACCUCCUCCAUGCUGUCACUGAGCGAACAGAAGGGGAGACCAUUCUAGCAGUGAACAGUGAGGAGAUUGGUGAUGACUCCAUGAUAGAUGUGGCUGUAGGCCUGGGUGUAUCAUUCAUUAAGCUGGGUGGGCUGACAGGAGGGGGGAGGAUGAACAAGUACAAUCGUUUGCACAGGAUAGAGCAGGAGCUGGAGGAACAGGGCAUUCUGGGUAUGCGAGAGGUGAAGCUGCUGUGUGAAAGCAAUCCUGAGGAGGAGUUAACACAGACGGAACAGGCAACCUGAUAACACACACCACAUUCCAACUUCAUCAACACACUGUAACAAAAGAGUUUUUCUUGGAUUUCUUGUGUACUGCA